GUGUCAUAUGAAUAAUUGACCCUACCGUACACAGGUGUGGACAUGGACAUAAUGUUAUGGGGUCCUAACGCAGUAACCAGUCUGGGGUUAGUCCUCUAGAGGAAAAGACCAGUCCUAACAGGGUUUCGUGUCACUUUCUCGGACACAUGCGUGAUCAACUCUAUACGGAAUAUUUUCUUCAAUACUUCAACAGGUGUGGGCUUUACGAUACUAUAGAAUUUGAAGAGGAUACCUGCUACUCUCUCGCCAGAAUAUGAACGGAACUGCGAUGAAUGAAUGCUCUUUUCAUGAUAUUCGGACGGAGGACGAAAUGGUGGAGAGGUGCGGACGACUGAAAAUCACUCUGCAGGACACCAACUCAAAACCAUCCUCUGAGAGCCAGCAGCGGAAGCCUGAGUCACUACCACCACCACCACAAGAACAGACAGAGGUCAUCAAGGUCUACUUGGAGAAGCGGUCACAAAAAGAUCAGAAACAUCGGCAAAGUGUCAAGAUGCUAACAGACGAGGUGUCUCAGAUACAAGAGGUCCGGUACUGUUUGAAGAGCCUUCGGCAGCAAAUGGCAUCAAGACAUAACAACAAUAAUAACAAUAAGUUUCCAACCAAUGGCUACGGAGUUACUGAGCUCAGCAGCCAAUCAGUGAUCCUCAAUGGCAAUGUUGACCCACCUCUGACAAGGGAGGAAGAUGAUGAGGAAGAUGAGUGUGUGAGGCUAAGGGAGGUGACACGGCGUCUGUAUGCUCAGCUGCAGAAGGCUGAGAGACGCCACCAGGAGGAGAGAGACAAAAUGCAGGCCAGCGGAGAGGCAUGUCGCCAGCGUGUGGAGGAGCAGGCGGAGCGUUUGCAGGAGGCCGAGGUGGAGGCCAAUACCCGCAGACAACAGGUGCAAGAGCAGCAGAGGCUGCUGGGAUGCAUGGAGACGGAGAAUGGCUCCCUGCGUGACAAGAUGGCUGCCAGAGAGGCAGAGCUGGAGGAGCUGAGAAAGCAGAAGGAGGGGGGUCAAGCGGAGCAGCAGAGGUCGGAGCAGCUGGAGAAGGACCUGGCCGGGCUCAAAGAGAAGGUCCAUCAGCUGGAUGACAUGCUCAAGAGCCAGCAGAGAAAAGUCAGACACAUGAUUGAACAGCUGCAGAACUCUAGGACUGUGAUCCAGGAGAGAGAUCGUCACAUCAGAGAUCUGGAAGAGAAAGUGGCCUUCCUGGAGGCAGAGAACCGUGAGAUGCAUGAUCAGAUGGAGUUCUUGCUGGGCGACCAGAAGCCCCAGCAAAUAUCUCCGCAGAGUCCACAGGUUGUCUACAGCAAACCUCUCACGCCUACCAGACUUGCAAACAAGUCUCUGCCCUUCAUCAAAGUCAUCGAGAUCAAGUCCUGAGCAGAGACUCCAUCAGCAUUGAAGUGCCCAGCAACGGCACUGAAGCACUCUUAUGACCUGCCAAUCAAGCAUAGCUUAUCAGCAAAUCUACCGCAAAGUAGCAGCACUAUACCACUGGUUUCUUAUCAGAGAACACAAUAUGAUAUGAUAAAGGGUUGGAUCCACAACUGUGACGGCAACUGGAAAGAGAUAAAGUGUUACUUCGAAGGCAGUGAAGAUUCACCAAUCUCAUGCGACAGGAAAAACAAAUACAUGCAUCAACAAAAAGAGACUGCAAUGUUCACAACCUGAUAUCUGAAGUGGGGAGUCAGACAGAGGUUGCAUCUAAUUGUAUGGCUGGAAUGUAAACAUGAUGAAGGCCAUCACAUAACAACACAUAAGCUGACACACACACACACACACACAACUAUUUUAGAGCGGGCCUCUCAAAACAAACCUGUGGUUGAGCUCAGGAAGCUCUCUCCGAGGUUAAUGUCUCCGAGGUUAAUGUUAAUGGUUAACCCUAACCCUCCCAGAGUGCAGGAGAGACGAUGACGGCACAACCCACAUUAUGAACCCUAAACUCACAAAGGAUUCGACUCCAGUUCCAUGGUCAGGUUCCACACUGGCAUCUGAGUUUCAUGGCAAAGGUUUUCCCCAUAGUAAAGACCUUUAUGCAUGACAGUCAAAUGGAAGAGGCUCCCUAUGAAGCUGUUAUUCUGAUUUUGAUCUGGUGACCAAAUAACAUCUAAAGAGAGGAUCACAUGUAUAGUGUUUAAAAAUAGGCUUUAGGAUUGCAUGAGAUGCCGUAUAAAUGUAUAGAUAGAUACAAUCGUCUGAACAUUAUUCAUCUAUCUUUGCCUUGUUUUAUUCAUAAAUUCUGUUCUGGUGUGGUUGGAUAGUAUAGAAGAUCUUAACGAAACCACAUCCUUUUGUGAAAUAUGAGAUUGCUGUGGGGGAUUUUCUAAAGAUAUCCUGUUUGGGGAGUUUGAAGUGUACUAAAUGACUUCAACAAAAAUGUCCUUUUUCCUUCCAUUGUCCUGUUACCAUAUUAAUAUCAUACUAUGAGACAUUGGGUCAUACAUAGAUUAUUUAUCUCUAUGUUCUGUGUUAUAGUAGAAUUUACUGCUGAGAUAUACAUAGUGACUUCAGCUUAUGUAGAAAUGACAUUGACAGAACUUAUUUAUUGUUGUAAGAAAAUGCCGCCCUGUAAAGAUAGCAAGUUCCAUACGAUUUACUGUGAAAGCUGUUGUACAGUGAUUAUUUUCUUUGGGUGUUUUUGACUUUUUAUGUAUCUUGUGGUGUUAUCAUUUCUUCCAGUCUGAAGGAAAUAAAAUAUGUUGGAAAACAGA